GUUUCCGGUUUAUUCGUCACGCGCAUCCGUGACACAUUUAGGCUAAUGUUGCUAAGAAUAAAUGCUAUCCUAAAAUCCCUUACUGUAAGUUUUCCGUUUGUGUAAUUUGUUUGGUUCAUUUGGCAAUGUAAGAUAAAAAUAAUCGGUGGUGUUAAAGCACUUCAUAAAGCUAGUCUUUGUGUGAGCAGCGGUACAUACAUUAGAGAGCUCUUUAUUGUUAGCCUAAUUGUAGCCUCAGCUUUCACUUCUGUUCUGCGGGGCUAGAAAACAGCAGCCGCUUUACUAGCCUGGUUGCUAAUUAGACAUACAUCUUAUUAAUAUACUAGGGUUUUGUGAAGUGUUUUUGUUCAGCGUGUGUGGAAGAUAUCCGUGACACUUGCUUUCAUUUCUAAUUCCUUAAAAGUCACAUCGUCAGGCGGCUCAUUGUUUGCUAUAACACACAAGUAGCCGUUAGCCAACCGGCUAACUUUUGAGGAAGCGUCUCAUCUCUUCAUGACAUUAACUUUGUGUUGACGUCUGCUCAACCCGAUCAUUUUAUUAUUUGUACUCCGAAGACUCAAGAAGAUAGACAUUUGUUAAUUCUGGUAACUUCCACACACUAAAGAAGCGGAGCUCCGUUUUUUUAUUUUUAUUUUAAUACUAGUUGGAAGUUAUUUUUGUGCCACGAUGGCUUCCUCAUCUGGGAACGACGACGACCUCACCAUCCCCAGAGCAGCCAUCAACAAAAUGAUUAAGGAAACUCUCCCUAACGUUCGAGUGGCCAACGACGCCAGGGAGCUCGUCGUUAACUGUUGCACGGAGUUCAUCCACCUCAUUUCCUCGGAAGCCAACGAAAUAUGCAACAAAUCCGACAAAAAGACCAUAUCUCCUGAGCAUGUCAUCAACGCCCUCGAGAGCCUCGGUUUCGCGUCUUACAUCACGGAGGUCAAAGACGUCCUGCAGGAGUGUAAAACUGUAGCUCUGAAGAGGAGGAAGGCCAGUUCUCGACUGGAGAAUUUGGGUAUCCCGGAAGAGGAGCUCCUCAGACAACAACAGGAACUGUUUGCAAAGGCCCGGCAACAACAGGCAGAACUCGCCCAGCAGGAGUGGUUGCAGGUGCAGCAGGCUGCCCAGCAGGCACAGAUGGCGGCCGCAUCUGCCAGUGCAGCCCAGCAGGCUGGUUCCUCUCAGGAUGAAGAUGAGGAGGAUGACCUGUGAACUCCGGAUGUGGGUACAUGUUCGGACUUUGUCCUGGGACACUGCUGGCACACGUAUCUUCCAGCGUUCUCGUUGGCGGAGACGUCUUUGAGCGCUGAAAAUAAGCACAUUUGAAGAGAACAGUGAAAGCGGAAUGGGCCCCAUCCAGAUCCUAGUUCCUGGAAACGAUUUGGAUUGAAUGGCUGAGUUUUGUGUUAACCUUAUGUUCCCCAUAUAAGUUACUUAUGUGAAAUGAGCUCUUUGAUGUUCUGUUGUGAUUGGAUUUGUAGUUGUGAACACACUGAGAGCAGAUACUGGGACGCGUCAGCGACUCAAGCGUCAAGUCUCUGCUCCUUCAGGUACAUCACAGACGCCCAGUCCUCAGUCGGUGGUUUAGAUGAACUCGUUUCUCUUUAUUUGAUUAUUGGUGGUCACUUUUACAGGAAAGAUUUUGUUUUCUCCCUUAGCAUUUUUGUUCAGACAGUGAAUUUGUUUGAGGCAUUGUGAAUAUUGAAUUUGUUUCGUUAUGUAGAGAAAUAAAUAGACCUUUUUUUUUUAUUUUAGCUUGUUCUGAUAUUUGUCAUUUUGUUCUUCCUUAGAACCGCCCACAGUAUUGGUAAUUAGCUGCAAAGUUGAGCAAAUUAAACUUUUAUCUCAUAGAACCAAAGAUGGAGGACAGACUUACGCUCAGACUUUGUUUUUAAAAGUGUAGGUGCUACCGUGAUACUUACUGCUGACUCCAGAUCAGUGUAAAUGAUGUGAGGAACCUUGUGAGAUGCUUUUGUGUUCAGGCUGAAAUGAUUUCCAUUUUCCUCUGGAGCAGUAUCUAAAUAUCUUUAUUGUGACUUUGGUCAGCCCUCAGCGUUAAAAAAAAAAAACAAGUUGUGAAACAGUCAUUUGUUAUUCUACAAAGUUGUAUUCUUUAAGCAAUAAAGAAGUGUUUUUAUA